CUACUGUUCCUGUUCCUCCAACUUCCAUGGACCUAAAUGAUGUCCACUACACAUUUGAUUAUGCUCAAAGUGUACUUCUGCCCAGUCAUUGCAGACAGGAAGGAGCUUUGUACUUCAGGUCACCAUAUAAAGCUAAUCUAUUUGGUAUUUGCAAUGAUGGUCGGUCCCUGCAAACAAAUUAUUUGUUUGGCGAGGAUCAGUCCAUUGGUCUGGAUGGUGCCCAGAGCCACUCGGCCAAUGCUGUUGUAUCUAUGUUGCACCACUUCUUCGAAUACCAUGGGGAAGGAGAAAAAACUGUGUACUUGAAUGCAGACAAUUGUGGUGGCCAAAAUAAGAAUCAGGUUGUCACAAGCUAUCUGGCUUGGAGAGUGGCAAAUGGAUAUCAUGAUGACAUCCAUUUACAUUUCAUGAAGCCAUAUCAUGCCCGUUGUCUUGUGGAUGGGAUGUUUGGUAUUGCCCGAAGGAAAAUCAGACGCAAUGAUGUGGAUAGUUUGUCUGACCUGAAGAUGACAAUUCAUGCUUCAUCCACACAUAACCAGGCAGAUUUAUACAGUGAGAUGUCACCAAAUUCGUGGAUCUGGAGAGACUGGAAACAAUUCUUCAAGCCUGUAUUUAGAGCGGUUCCUGGUAUUGGGAAAUACCAUCACUUUCACUUUGCUUCCACCACUUCAGGAAUGGUUACUGUUAAAAAAGGUGUUGACGGGGAGACAACGCCAGUGAGGCUUGUGAAGAGGGGAAAGAUUAUUCCACAGGGUUUGCCAGUGAGACUGGAGGCAAAAGGUUUUUCCGCAGAACGUGCAUGGUACCUGUACAAAAAUAUCAGGCCUUUUGUAAAGGAUCCGUCUAAGGACCUUCUAUGUCCCCUGCCCACUGUCCCAGAGCCCACCUCUAGACCCACCCACACAGAAGAAUGAACUGAAAGUUGAGAUCAAAAUUGUUAUUGAUGAAAACUUAAAUACUGUACUCAUGCUUUUAUUUUAUAUUAUGAAAUGAGCAUUGCUUGUUAGGAUACAGUUAAAUACAAUUUCAAAAUAAAUGUUUUAUCUUCUUACACUACAUGUAAUUAAUUGUAACAAUAUAAUCCUGAUGGAGUCUUGGAGUUCACUUUGCAAUCUGUUUCUACCAAAUAAAAUAUAAAAUGAUUGUUAUUUGUAUUAGGUAAGGGAUGUGACUGAUUG